AUGAAUAAUGAUAAUAAUAAUGAUAAUAAUGAUAAUAAUCAAAACAACAAUAACAACAAUAACUAAAAUAAUAAUUUACUUUCCCCAUUUAAUAAUCCAUUAUUAGAUCUAUAAUAAUUUUUAGAUAUUAGAUCCUCAUAACAAUUUAAUUAAUUUCUAAAUUUUUAUUCUAAUGGAGAAUAAUAAUAAAGUUUUUUUAGAAUGAAUGCAUUUACUUCAAGAUCAUUCAAUUAAGAUGAAGAAAUUAUGCUUUAUUUAUAAAAUCAAAGUCGAAGAGAACCCUCAUCUCCUAGGUUUAAAUUCAAUUAAUUCAGAUACAAGAAUUCCAACCUUGAUAAGUAUAUGUAAAAGAGAGCCAUUCCAAUACAUAAUGAAGAGUUAAACAAAAAUGAACCCUAUAUAAAAGUUACUGUGAUGAGAAAUACUAAUUAUCCAAAUACUAAUCAUUCAAAUGAAUACUUCAUAAAUUAACAUGGGUAAAUUUUACAAGGAAUUUUAGUCUCAUUGGUUCUCAUAAAAAUGCUGAUUCUGAAGAUAUCCUUAUAGGAAGAUCUCAUAGAACAGAAGUUAUACCAAAUGAUAUAAGUAAUAACUCUUUAAAUUUAUUUAAGUGCUUCCAGAAGAUAGAAUUAUAUCAAGAAUUCAUUGCAAAUUAGUCUGCAAACAUUAUUUUAGAUAAGAUUAAAAGAUUAAACUCAUAUAUAAAUUAGCAAUAUAAAACAUUAGAACUUCAUUCAAUUUUCUAUUACCUUAAAGAGCAAUAAAAUUAAUUUCUUAAUUUUUAGAGUACUCAAUUAUUUUUAUAAUUUAGUUGUCCAAGAUAUGCUUAUGUUUAAGAUUUAGGUAGUUUAUGUGGAACUCAUUUGAAAAUUUAAAAGAAUGAACCUAAUAUUAUGAAAUAUGAUCAAAAAUAUAGUAUUGGUAGUGAUACAAAUUUUACUGUCUUAUUAUGUGAAUCUUAUAAAGAGUAAGGAUUUGAAAUAGAUGAUUAAUUCUUUAGAUUAUUAAGAAAAAUCACUAUAUUAAAGCAAUUUAAACAUGAAAUUCAUUUUAGUGACUAAUAGUUAUUUUAAAGAUUUUAAAAUAUACAAUUAUAAGAGGAUGAUAAUGAAGAAACUAAAAAUUAUGCAGAAUAUUAUAAAGAAAUUUAUAAUAAAUUGAAAUAAUAUAAAGCCCCUAUUGUUUCUAUUAGAUUUGGUGGAUCUGGUUUAGAGGCUGGAAAAAUAUUUAAUAUAUUUAUUCAUUCUAAAAAUUAGGAUUCUAUUGAAUGUUAAAUAGGAAGAGGAUAAGAAAAUCAUGUUAAAAUCAAUUCAAAUACAAUAUCAAGGAAAUAGAGCAGAUUUAAAUACUCAAAAAAGUAUAAUUUCAAAUUAUUUUAAGUCUAAAAUCAUGGGUAAUCUUUGAUGGAUCUAAAGAAAGAGAUUCUGCAAAUGGCACUUGGGUUUCAUUAUCAACUUUAGAAUAAUCACAAAAGAAAUAAGAAUCAGAUCUAAUUAUUUUAAAAAACAAUGCAGAAAUAAAAAUUAGUGAAUUUAUACUGAAAAUUGAAUUUUUUGAAGGAAAGUAAGAUAUUAUGUUAUAAAUUUUAUUUAGGAAAUAAAAUAAAAUCAAUAAGCAAAUACUAAAUGAACUCAGAAAUGAAUGA